GCGGUGUCCAGGAGCCAGGAGCACUGGAGGCUUGGGGAGCCAAAGCCGUGGGUCCUCAGCCUGGACCAGUCACCGGGGAGGACACGCAGGGGCGUGGGCCCCAGAGCUCUAGUAAAAGCGGGUUCCUUUUCCGGCACUUCCCCUUCUCACGUGGUCUGCACCCACCCAGACCAACGCCCUGGCAGGAGCUGGGACCCAGCUGCCCUGUGUUUGUCCUCCAGCCAAUUCGGGGACCACUGUGGCUCCACGACACCCUGACUUCUCACUCCAGCUCCGCACUUUCAAGACCCCUGUCCCCGACAGGGUGACUGCCCACAAAGGAAACACCUUCUCCGGAGGCGGGUGCGCUCCUCACUUCCUCCUCUCCAGAAACCAAUGCCUCCUUUUGCACGAAACGCUGGGGCCUUUUAAACAUCUGAAACCCAUUUGCAGGGGCCAGAGAGGGACGCCUGGAGGCCCUGGCGUGACUGUGGGUAAACUGUGGCUGGAGGACCCCGUGCAGGGGGGCUCCGCAGAGCCAGGGUUAGAGCCCUCCCCAGGACCCCGUCCCCCGGAAGCUUCCAUUUCAGCGGUAACCGGGCAGCAGUCCCUCACCAGCAGUCUCUCACCACUGCCCAGCCCUGCUUUGCCCGCAGGCCUUUCAGUUUCAAGGCCAGGGUUGUCACUCCCUUCUCCAGAUAAGGAAACUGAGGCCCAGAGCCGGAAGGCCAGUCACGGAGGGCGAGGCUGCAUGCAGCCGGCCCUCCUGACUCACCUGGGAGGCCACGAGGGCGCUCCACCCCGCCCACGGAGGCGUGAGGUCACCCGCAAGGCGGCCGUCUUCUCGCUGCUGGCCAUGUCUGCGGGAGGAGGCCCACCCUGGAUCCUGGGGACAGCUGAGCCAGGCACAGUCCAGCCAGAGAGGCAACCGGGAGGAGGGGCUGGGCCCCAGGCUGGCCGCCCAGCCCCUCCCAGAAUCCCUCUCUCCUUGAGACACCUGUGCCGGCAGCCUUUCCUCCAUCUGGUCAGGGCUGGGCUUUGUCGAGUGGGGACAGCUCCCCGUGCUUUGGGGUGGAGUGAGACAGGCACCCCAAAAGUCCUGCCUGUGGGCCCCUGCCCUCACAAAGCUUCCUCUUUGUAAGAAGAGCUGUGUGACCAUGGACGAGUUGCUUGGCCUCUCUGCGCUGCAGUGUCUGCCACUGUAAAACGUGGUAACAGCCCUGUGGUCCAGGGUCCUAGUGACGAAGGGGGAGUCGGCCAGUCGAGGGCUUUGUGUGGGGCCCGGAGGUUGAAGAAUGACACUGACCAUUUUUAUUAUUGUUGUCAUCUGCUUCUCACACGUCCCUCUCACAGGCAAGGAAACCAAGGUCUAGAAGUUAAUUCCAAAUUGGGAAGGCUUCCAGGGAGAACUGGUCCCUUCAGAGCCGCUUGGCCGGGAGCUGACCUUGGACUUGGGGACUGAGUUGGGCUCCAGCUCCCAAGGAGCCUGCCUGUGACCUUGAAAAAUGCCCCCUCAGCCACCUGGGCGCCUAACAGGAAAAACCCUCCCUGCCCAGCUUACCUCCCCCGCCCCCGCCCAGUGGCAGCUUAAAUGAGCACAGGUGACGAAAGAAAGUGCAAACACCAAAGGCCUCGGGGAUUGUCGAUGCCCCUCGUCCACCUGCCCGCCGGUUCACCAAACGGAACUGAGCUUGCCAGGGUCCCAGGGAGUUCAGUUCCGGUGACUGGCACGGGGGGGGGGGGGCAAACAAACGAGAAAUGGAAGAACAUUGCUGCCUCAGGUGGCGAGACGAGCUAGACCGAAAAGUAAAGCCAGUCAGCCCGUGGGACCGACUGGCAAGGAGGCUGUUUCAGAGCCAUUCUCCAAAGGAGGUGACACUUCGGCAGCCACCUGCGGGAAAGGAGAGACCGAGGCAGCUCCUACCUGGGGACAGCCUUCUAGAAGAGGUGACAAGAGCAAGGGCGGAGUCCUGGGGUGGAGCCGGCUCCACCCGAUGCCCCCCUUCGGCCCCGGCAGUUGGGCUUCUGCCCUUCUCAACGCUGCCCCAACUGCCACGGGCAAACCCGACGGCACCCCAGCCCCGGUCUCCCCGAGUGACGACAGGGCAGGAAGACUAUGACCGGCUGCGGCCCCUGUCCUACCAGAACACCCACCUGGUUCUCAUCUGCUAUGACGUCAUGAACCCCACCAGCUAUGACAACGUCCUUAUCAAGUGGUUCCCUGAGGUCACGCAUUUCUGCCGUGGGACCCCUGUGGUGCUCGUGGGCUGCAAGACAGACCUGAGGAAGGACAAGGAGCAGCUGCGGAAGCUCCGGGCGGCUCAGCUGGAGCCCAUCACCUACCUGCAGGGCCUCAGCACCUGCGAACAGAUCCGAGCCGCCCUCUACCUGGAAUGCUCAGCCAAGUUUCGGGAGAACGUGGAGGACGUCUUCCGAGAGGCUGCCAAGGUUGCCCUCAGCGCCCUGAAGAAAGCGCAGCGGCGGAAACACCACCCGCUGUGCCUGCUGCUCUGACCCCGCCGGGCUGGGCCGGGCACACAACUUCAGGACGGGACUGACCGGGGGCCCAGCUCUUGGAGGGCACUUGGGGUUGGGUGUCUCCAGGGCCUACUGCCUGAAGUCUGCGGCAAGACUCGGGACGUUCUGGAACUCUCUCCUUUCCCUGCUGAGGCUCUGACUGUAAACUCUGCAUCUGGGGCCCUCCUGCCAGCGGGUGAGGGUGCUGGACUCGGUUCCCCUGUACCCUGGAACUGGCAUUUGCCCCCAGAACUCUGGGGUGCCCUCUCCACACCUUCCGCCAGCCGUGUGGGUCACCUUCGCACACCCAACAGGUCCUUGAAGCCCGUGCUCCGAACACCAGGCGACACUGGGGUGUGGGUGAAUGUGGACUUGGCAGCACCCCAGGGGCCCCGAGCCUGUGGCUCCCUGGGCUCAGGAGAUAGACCGGCUGCAUCCUCCAGCUCCUGGCUUCCUUCCCCUGGGAACUCUCGGCCGUGAGGGGACCAGGCCUAUCAGGGGAACGCAGACAACGGCCCCGGACAUGGGGGCUGGCAACCCCCACUCCACCCCCUCCGCCCCACACAGAGGACGUCAGCCCCAGCCUUUGGCUUGGCCGACAUCUUUCCAGACCUGGACACACAUGACCAGGGGGAGGAGGGACUCGGGAAGCAAAACGAAUGCCUGGACCACCCGGCGACCCCUGCUCUGGGUCUCCUCACCCACAGGAGCCCCCUGCCGCAACGCGAGAUGGAAAGUGACACCGGCUCCUGAUCUUGGACAAGUCCCUUCUCUCUACAGACUGUCCCUGUCUGUGAAAGGACAGUGCCGGCC